UUUUAUGUCGGUUGAGUUUUUGAAUAAAGUCAUAUGUCCAUAUCUACUUUUGUUUGUUACUGAUUGUGUGUAAAUUGGAAAAGGGACUAUGAUAAGGUUUUGGAGGUUCUUGUUUGCAACUUGCAAGAAUUCAAAAAACGCUUGAAUUUGAAAGAAAAAAAAAAUCACCCUUUUGGUCCCAGCUCUGUAUAAGCUGUCAAGCACAAUCUUCUGAUAAUCCCUUCUCGAAUUCUUACCGUCCCACAUUUUUGAACUUUUAUUGGCAUUGGUGUAGUAGAGAAAGAGAGGUGAUGGAGCCAGAGUUGAUAGAUGAAAUCGAUUGUGGAAACUUUUUCGACCAAAUGGAUGAUUUGAUUGACUUUCCCCCAGACAGCGAGUGUGGUGAUGCUAACUUAGUUAGCUCCAGUGACUGCAAGGAUUUCCCCUCGUGGGAAGAGGCCUUGCAGGGCUGCGACACUCUCUUCUCCGCCAGCCAUGACAGCUCUGCCUCCGACCUUGCUGCUGAGCUCUCUGUUCCGUAUGAGGAUAUAGUACAACUGGAGUGGCUUUCGACCUUUGUGGAGGAUUCGUUUUCAGGCGGGGGGCUGACAGUCGGCAAAGAGAAUCUGCGUGCCAGCAACGACUCACCACAUAGCCAAUUCCAAAGCUUGAGUCCAGUUUCCGUAGUGGAGAGCAGCAGCUGCAGCAGCAGUUCCUCCUCAGGUGGGAAGGUGAUGCCUCUCAGCCCCUGCCAUCGUGGCCCCCAGCGUGCACGCAGCAAGCGCCCUCGGCCAGCAACUUUCAACCCUCGACCGGCAAUUCAGCUCAUCUCCCCGGCAUCCUCUUAUCAGGAGAACCCCCAUGUUUCUUCUGCCCUCCACGGUGGGGUUUCAUCGGAAUCCAACAACUUUGCUGAGUCGUGGCCCGUAAAGAAGAGCAAGAAAAUCAAGAUAACGCCUCCUGCAAAUCCGACAGCAGCGCAGCAAGACCCUCCUCCAGUCCGGAAAUGCUUGCAUUGCGAGAUAACAAAGACUCCGCAGUGGAGGGCGGGGCCCAUGGGCCCAAAGACGCUGUGCAAUGCUUGUGGCGUUCGUUACAAGUCUGGGAGGCUGUUCCCUGAGUACCGCCCUGCUGCUAGUCCAACCUUCGUCCCGUCUCUGCACUCAAACUCGCACAAGAAGGUGACCGAGAUGAGAUGCAAGGCUGAGACCAGAAGCGCAGCAGCUGCACCCGACACUUCAGUGUAGACGAGACUUAUCAGUCAGUUGGUGGUUUCCCUUCUCCGUUGCUAGUCAGUCAUGCAGGUUAUGCCAUUUGUUUGUUCUUUAGUUCUUUGUACAUUGAUGUAAGGAAGGGAUAGGAGCUUUAUAAUUCAUCAUAUUUUAGCUAGUUCGGGGCGAGGAAGAAGAGGACGAAGAAGAAGAAGAGAGUCUAGGGAGUUUAGCAAUGAGGACUGAGGGAAGGUUUUGCCCUAAUCUUGGAUAGUUCCUUGAAAUUUAUAGCAUUUCCAGCAAGUUUUGGUGGGAAUUCUUUUUGCAGUUGAUUUGCUUGUAGUGUUGAUCUUGAACUGGUAAUGGAGUUGGAGUUAAGUUCAUGUCUGCUUUUUGCA